GACGCCCGCAGCCGCAGCGGAGACACCGGAAGGAGCGGUGGCUGCCGAGGGAGGCGUCGGGCAGCGGCCGGGGUUUGCGGGCCGCGCUGCGGAACCGUUUUGCGGCCCUGCGGAUCCGAGCGCUCAGGCUGCGAGGAGGAGCGCGGUGGGCGACGGGCUGAGUUCUGGAAGUUUCUGUAUGUGCUGGUGAAGGAGAAACGUAAUCAUCAUUCUUACCAGCUGUGAACUGUGCAAGCUACCAUAACAGCUGUCCUGGCAAGACACGCCUACUGGUUUUGCCUGAUUUGAAAAGCAUUGAGAAAGAGAAAAAAAAAAAAAAAAAAAAAAAAAACAAAAAAAAACAACUGAAAGAAAAUGACAACUUUUCGAAAUCAUUGUCCACAUUUGGAUUCAGUUGGUGAAAUAACAAAAGAGGAUUUGAUACAGAAGUCUCAUGGCGCUUGUCAGGACUGUAAAGUCAGAGGACCAAACCUGUGGGCGUGCCUGGAGAACAGGUGUUCCUAUGUUGGCUGCGGGGAGUCGCAAGUGGAUCACAGCACCAUACACUCACAGGAGACAAAGCAUUAUCUAACUGUGAACCUCACCACUCUUCGAGUAUGGUGUUACGCUUGCAGCAAAGAAGUAUUUUUGGAUAGAAAAUUAGGAACGCCUCCUUCAUUACCUCAUGUAAGACAGCCUCAACAAACACAAGAAAACAGUGUCCAGGAUUUUAAAAUACCCAGUAAUACAGCAUUAAAAACCCCUCUGGUUGCUGUAUUUGAAGAUCUGGACAUCGAAGUGGAAGAGGAGGAUGAGCUGAAGGCCAGAGGCCUGACAGGUUUGAAAAAUAUUGGAAAUACUUGUUAUAUGAAUGCAGCUCUGCAGGCUCUUUCUAACUGCCCACCUUUGACACAGUUCUUUCUUGAUUGUGGAGGACUGGCUAGAACAGAUAAGAAACCAGCAAUUUGUAAAAGUUAUCUCAAACUAAUGACAGAAUUGUGGCACAAGAGCAGGCCAGGAUCUGUUGUGCCUGCUAAUCUGUUCCAAGGAAUUAAAACUGUAAAUCCAACUUUUCGAGGUUAUUCUCAGCAGGAUGCCCAGGAGUUCCUUCGCUGUUUAAUGGAUCUGCUUCAUGAAGAGUUAAAGGAGCAGGUCAUGGAAAUAGAGGAAGAGCCUCAAACACUGACUUCUGAGGAGACGGUGGAAGACGAGAAGAGCCAGUCAGAUGUGGAUUUUCAGUCGUGUGAGUCCUGUAGCAGCAGUGAGAAGGCAGAGAAUGAGAGUGGCUGCAAAGGCUGUCCUGAGGACAGCAGUGAGACCACAAUGCUCAUUCAGGACGACGACGACCUUGAGAUGGCCAAGGACUGGCAGAAGGAGAAGAUGUGCAACAAGAUCAACAAAGCAAACGCUGACGUAGAGCUGGAUAAAGACAGAGACACGGUGUGUGAAACAGUUGACCUAAACAGCCAGGAGACCGUCAAAGUGCAGAUACACGGCCGAGCCUCAGAAUAUAUCACUGAUGUCCAUUUGAAUGACCUAUCUACACCACAGAUCCUUCCAUCAAAUGAAAGUGUUAAUCCACGUUUAUCAGCAAGCCCUCCUAAAUCAGGCAAUCUGUGGCCAGGAUUGACUCCACCACACAAGAAAGCUCCGUCUGCAUCUCCAAAGAGGAAAAAGCAACAUAAGAAAUACAGAAGUGUCAUUUCUGACAUAUUUGAUGGAACAAUCAUUAGUUCAGUACAGUGUCUGACGUGUGAUAGGGUGUCUGUAACCCUCGAGACCUUUCAGGAUCUGUCCUUGCCGAUUCCUGGCAAGGAAGACCUGGCUAAGCUGCAUUCCUCCAGUCACCCAACUAUAGUCAAAGCAGGGUCGUGUGGUGAAGCAUAUGCUCCCCAGGGGUGGAUAGCUUUCUUCAUGGAGUAUGUGAAGAGGUUUGUUGUCUCAUGUGUCCCUAGCUGGUUUUGGGGUCCAGUAGUAACCUUGCAAGAUUGUCUUGCUGCCUUCUUCGCCAGAGAUGAACUUAAAGGUGACAAUAUGUACAGUUGUGAAAAAUGCAAAAAGUUGAGGAAUGGCGUAAAGUUUUGUAAAGUACAGAAGUUUCCUGAGAUUUUGUGUAUUCACCUUAAAAGAUUUCGACAUGAACUGAUGUUUUCCACCAAAAUUAGCACCCAUGUCUCCUUCCCCCUGGAAGGCCUGGACCUUCAGCCAUUUCUCGCAAAGGAUAGCCCAGCUCAGAUUGUGACAUAUGACCUCCUGUCAGUCAUCUGUCAUCAUGGAACUGCAAGUAGUGGGCACUACAUUGCCUACUGCCGAAACAAUUUAAAUAACCUGUGGUAUGAGUUUGAUGACCAGAGCGUCACUGAAGUUUCAGAGUCUACUGUACAGAAUGCUGAGGCCUAUGUCCUUUUCUACAGGAAGAGCAGUGAAGAGGCACAGAAGGAGAGACGGAGGAUAUCAAACUUGUUGAACAUAAUGGAACCUAGCCUCCUUCAGUUCUAUAUAUCUCGACAGUGGUUGAAUAAAUUUAAGACCUUUGCUGAACCUGGCCCUAUUUCAAAUAAUGAUUUUCUCUGUAUUCAUGGAGGUAUUCCUCCACGAAAAGCAAGUUAUAUUGAAGACUUAGUUUUGAUGCUGCCUCAGAACAUUUGGGAUAACCUCUAUAGCAGGUAUGGAGGAGGACCCGCUGUCAACCACCUCUACAUUUGUCACACUUGCCAAAUUGAGGCAGAGAAGAUUGAAAAGCGAAGAAAAACUGAAUUGGAAGUUUUUAUUCGGCUCAACAGAGCAUUUCAAGAGGAGGACUCUCCAGCUACAUUUUACUGUAUCAGCAUGCAGUGGUUUAGAGAAUGGGAGAGUUUUGUAAAGGGUAAGGAUGGAGAUCCUCCAGGUCCAAUCGACAACACUAAAAUUGCAGUCACUAAAUGUGGUAAUGUGACACUCAAGCAAGGAGCAGACUCUGGUCAAAUUUCAGAAGAAACAUGGAACUUCCUGCAGUCUAUAUAUGGUGGGGGGCCUGAAGUUAUCCUCCGGCCUCCAGUUGUUCAUGCUGACCCUGAUGUACCACAGACAGAGGAAAAGAUUGAAGUAGAAACUCGCUCUUUGUAGUUCUGAGGGCACAGAGCGCUAAUGAGAAGUCAUUCUCACUUGAUGCACACACAUUCAAAACAUUCCUCAAAGCAUGUUGAUUCUCUUGAUUUUCAUCUUUUUUUCUCAUUUAGUCCUUUGUACUGGGCAUUAUGGAAGGGUAUGUUAAAAUGUUAUAUAAGUUGGUAUAUUUAAUACUAAGUAACUUACCAGAAUAUCUUUCAGUGUAUUGUUUUGAAAGAAAAGGGACAGUUGGUAAUUAGGUUCUCUGACCUUUGUUCUACAGGCAGAUCCAGCAUACCCUUUGUAGCACUGUAAAUACUUUAGCUUUGAAAAUGUUUUUAUUACUCUAACCAAUCAUAGCUGGCUAAGCUUUUCAUUUCUCCAAAAACCUAAUUUAAUUGUAUACUUUUGACAUGGCUUUGCAUAGUAAGGAGACUAUUUUAAAUUGAGAGUAGUGGUCAGAACAUUGUUAAUUUCCUAAAGCUCAGGAAACAUUAGGGUGUUACUUCUUUUGCACUGCAGCAUAUAAAAUUGCAUAUUAAAAUUUACAAAAUGUCUUUUUUUGAAUGUAACAGGAUGUAUUUCAGUGGAAUUUGUUACCAGAUAUCAGUAAAUUAUUGCUGCUUAUAAUGUAAAAUGUUAAACUUUAGUUCUAUAGACCUGAAUGGUAUUCAUUAAUGUUAGUAGCAAACAACAACAACAACAAAAACCUCUUAGUUUUAGGCCACUUCUAUUUUGAGAGCAUGAAGUAUGGAAUGUGUCAAAUGAGAUUGUUGACUAAGCUGAAACCACUUGCAAAAUGAUUUUUUAAUGAAAUGCAUAAAGUCUUUUUGAAUAAUAGAGUAUUCACUGCUGUUUGCUUGAUCAUGUGAUGUCAAAAGCUCAACUAUAUACAAGUACAAACAUGCAGGACAGAGGGUAUGGAACACUAGUCAUGGUGACUUUGCAAUGUUAAAACUCAUCCAAUAAAAAUAAUUCUAAGAUGUGUAAACUGAAUGUUGAAUUUAUUUGAUAGACUUUUUUUU